AGGGUACGGGGUAGCAUUAUUUACUCCGAGCACAGUGUAGGGCAUCAAAGAACUACAUAGGGACCAUCCGUGACAUCGGAACGCAUAGGCUACUCGUUUUACUGUGAUACGGACACGGGAGAUACUGACAAGGGAUGAAUUCUCUUCCACCCUGUGGAUGCGCCCUAACCGUGUCCAAUGGAUCUCCACAGCAUCAGCAACACGACCGCGGACAACAUGUCAGGUUCGGACUUCAUUUUAGAGAUUGUGAGCAUCAAACCCGUUGUAAACAGCAACUAUACACCCGGGGGCGAGAUGAACCGAAACCCCCCUGUGUUGAGUUCGGAGGGGAACUCGGUUCUCCAGGGCAUCGCGGUGGCCGCGCAGGCGCUGCUCCUCCUGGCCAUCUUCUUACUGUCCAGUCUGGGUAAUUCAGCGGUCGUGGUGGUUAUAAUCAAACACAGGCAGUUGAGAACGGUCACUAACGCUUUCAUCAUGUCCCUCUCCCUCUCUGAUUUUCUCACAGCCGUUCUUUGUUUACCCUUCUCCUUCUUGAUGCUCUUCAGCAAGGAUGGCAGCUGGAUGUUUGGAGAGCCUUUCUGCAUCGCCAACGGGUUCUUUAACACCUGUUUCGGCAUUAUCUCCACCUUGACCAUGACUCUCAUCUCAUUCGACAGGUAUUACGCUAUCGUCAGGCAGCCGCAAGCUAAAAUCGGCCGGAGGAGAGCGAUCCAGCUCCUGGCGGCCGUUUGGUUCUCCGCUGUGCUCUUCUCGUUUCCUUGGUACCUGAUUAUGGAGACCUCCGGGCGCUUGGUGGUGCACAAACAGGGCUUUUACCAUUGCAUGUACGUGUUCCACUCGGGCACCUCUAGGAUGGGCACCACCUACAGUAUCGCUUUAAUAGUAGCGUGUUACCUGCUUCCCUUCGCCCUCAUGUGCUUCUGCCACUAUAACAUCUGUAAAACCGUUCGGCUGUCGGAGAUCAGG